CUCACCCCCCCCCGGCCGAGGCGAGUCUUCACUCUCGAUGAAGUCGCUCUCCAUGCCUUCGAUGCCUUCGAUGCCGUCUUUCAAAGGGAUGAAGUCGCCCUCCAUGCCAUCCUUGCCCUCCAAUGUCCUGGCAAAGGGCGGGAUCGGCGGCCUCGCCAAAAAGCUGUCGUCGAGCAGCAUCUCGCACGAUGGCGACGCCCUGGUGGGUGGCUCCGUCGACUUUGAGGUGGUGGUGCGCGAGCAGCAGGGAGGCGAGGAGAGGGCCUACGCCACCACGCUCACCAAGACGAUGCUCGCCAAGCCCCUCUCAAAGGCGCUGAUCGGCCCUCUCCUCUCGGAGCUUGGCAAGCAGGACCGCAACGCGUGCCGCUUCAAGAUCUGCCACGUGGUUGGCGUCGGCGUGGAUGACGAGCAGCUGCACGCGUGGGCAAUCUAUCGGCUGUCGGUGCGCAAGUUGCUCAAGGCAAAGGCGGAGAUCGAGGGCGGCACGCUCGUCGAAGGGGACAAGUUCCGGGUCACCGUGACCCUCCGCUCCGAGGAGGAGCUCCAAGUGAUGCGCUCUGCGCGUGAGGCUGCGGCAAAGAGCCUGAUCUCGUCGCGCAAGGGCGCCGUCUUCCUCAUCCACGGACCCGAGGGGGAGCCCCUCGCCGCAAAGGUUGGCCCCGGAUGGCUCAAGAAGACGGUGCGCGCCUCCCUCAUCCAGCCCUUUUUGCAAGCCUACAACGAGCAGGGCCACGUGCGGCAGUGGGUGCGCGAGGACGACUUGCUCGGCGUCACCGUGCGAGCGUACGACGCGCCGGCCGGCCGGGGCACCUACUUCGACACCUGGGAGCACCGCCCCUUCGAGCAGCGCUGCCCCUCCCGCCCCGCCCUCUAUGGGCCAGCUCUCACCCUCCCCCGCCACGGCGCUCACAGGAGCUGCACUGUCCUCGUCCUCCGCAUCCGCGGCGGCAGCUGGGAGGAGCCCUCCUCGCCGCAGUCCAGCUCGCACGAGGCAUCGAUGCACGGCGCCGGCGGCCCCACGCACGGCUUCUCGCCGCGCCCAAAGGCGGCCGCCCAGGGGUCCUACCGCCUCUCGGCCGGGGACGUGCAGGCCGAGAUGGCGUCGCCGGAGCCGUCCGGCGCGAAUCCGUUCCUCGCCGCCUCCCCCUUCAGCGCCGAGGAGGCGGCCGAGAACCUCCUGGACAUGGAGCUCUCCACCGACAAUCCCCCGGGCUUCUCCAUGAUGCCGGGCUUCUCCAAGCCGGCGAGCCGACCCCCCCCCCCCCCCCCACCCACCACACGCCGCGGAAACCUUCUCUCCGCCUGGCUUUGCGGUGAGCAGCAACCCCUUCCUCUCUCCCGGCUCCGUCUCCUACCUCUGAGAGAGCGGCGGGCCGCGCAUUCGGUGGCUCCGGCUACCAUCCUACUAGCAUGUGGCGCAGCCUCCUGGCAUAGGGAGUCGGGGCGAGCAGCCCCUUCCCGCACGGCCUACCUUGGUCGAGGCGCUCGCCCCGGGAGAGCCUUGAGAGGAGCCCGGUACGGCUCACUCGCUGGCGCAGCAGCGGCACACGGCUUCUGAUCGAGCAACGUGCGACGUGGGCUGCGGCCGGCCUCGCGAGGCAGCGAUGUGUACACCAUCGUCGCGCCGGGCAGUUCAUGCGCACAGACACACAAAUAUCACAAUCGUCGCGUCCUCCUCUUGUUUGUACGUUUGAGACCGGUUGUGUACGUUCUACGGGAUAUCUGCCGUUGCCC